AUGGCUUCUCUGGAGCUUCUGCUAAAGCAAAUGCGUGGCCGUAAGGUUACAGAAAGGAAAAGAAAGAAGCUAAAACAAACAGUAGCUGAUAUUGCUUCACUUAUCCUAGUUACAAUUCUAAUGCUACUCCCUGUAAUCACCUACUCAUCAACUCUUUAUUCUCCAAUUUUUGGUCUUUCAUCAUUGGCUGAAGUAGCAGUUGGCUUUCUCUUUUCAUAUCCAUGGCAUACAACCAUCUUAGCAGCUAUAAAGAAGUACAUGCCAUCCUUGUGGGAGUUGGGAUGGAAUGGAACCAUCAGGCUGUGGUCUCUUAAUGAUCAUAGUCCUUUGACAGUAUUGGGGGAAGACACACCUGGAAAUGUGAUCUCAGUUUUGUCUCUAAAAGCUGACCACCAUAUGCUUCUUGCAGCUCAUGAGGACGGAUGCUUAAAGAUCUGGAGGAAUGAUGUCUUUAUGAAAUCCAUACAAGCCCAUAAUGGUGCUGUUUUUGCUGUUGGCAUGGAAGGGAAAUGGUUGUUCACAGGAGGUUGGGACAAGAGUGUCAAUGUACAGGAGAUAUCAGGAGAUGAUCUUCAAAUAGAAGCAUUGCCAGUUGGAUCUAUUGCUUCCGACUCCACCGUAACUGCACUGUUAUACUGGCAAGGAAAGCUUUUUGUUGGCUGUGCUGAUAGAAUUAUCAAGGUGGCUAUACUUUUUACUCCGGCUUUUUUAAUGAGAGACUGA